GAGUUAGUUAAAAUCUCCGUAUACAGGAUUUACAGUAUAUACAUUACCUGUGCAUUUUAUCCAAACCAAACCUCAAACCAUCUGCACAACCAGCUGUAGACCAUUCAACCCAGCGCAGUGAUGAAAUCCACAACCACUUUCUUUAUAUCUAGAAACCCAGUGACUCAAAUAAGUGAACGUAAUUUCAUUUUGAAAAGUCGAUGAAUAAAGAAGAAAGUAAUCGUUACCACCAAAAAACUAUAAAAAUAAGUUUUUAUUCUUAAACAUAAUAUUCUGAGCUAAACCCUUAGAUGGACUCUGAACUCUGAGUUAGACCCUGAGCUAAACCUUAAGCUAAACCCUAAGGUAAACUUGAGGUGAGCUAAACCCAGAACUAAACCCUGAGAAGUGAGAACCCUAGUAAAAUGACUAAGUCCUGUGGUUCCAGUUCAAGAUGUUUUGUAGAUCGAAAAUCCGGGAAGGUUUUCAAAACCAAGGGGAAAAUGUCAAAACAGAAUACAAAAUAUCUACGGUCUCCGACAUUGGGCUGCAAAGAAAUAGAUUAUAUAUUGCGAUUCUUGCGAGUUUAAAUCGACGUCACAACUUUUCCUCUCCAUGCAUCAAAGAUUUUGUCAUUCCACCCCUGACCCUGAUCUUGGCCAAAAUGUGGAUCACUUACAAAAUAACGAUUCCCCACAGGCCACAGCAUGAUGCUUUAUUACACCAAGCUUUUCCUUCACAGCAUGCAAAUGCUGCUACUUUACAACUUGUUACUUCGUCACAGGAUGCUGAUUAAUAACAAAAUGAUGCAUCCUUACAGCACGCUGCUCCGUCAAAUUUAGCAACAAUUUUUAAGAUAAUACUUUUAUGGAUAUUGUAAUUUCUUAUAUUAAUAUAUUAAAAUGUUUUUAUUCUUAUAUGUGUCGCCUUUACCAAACAAACUGUGAUAAACCUGAUAUUUGUUAAUAUAGCAAUAUGUUUUUUAGACUAGACUUUUAGGGUGAUGAAAGUCCCUGUUCUACUAAUAAUUUGACACUUUUGAUGUAGAUUUAUUUUAAGUCGCUUUUUUUCUCCUAUUCCAAUAAACACAAAUUUUUGCGGACCAUUUUGUAUAAAGGAGUUGAGUUUU